AUGUCUCCACGAAUACAAGUGAUCUCAGACCUCCAUCUAGAAGUCAACAAUGAAUACACAUCCUUCAUUAUACCCCCCGCAGCCCCCUUCCUCGUCCUCGCCGGCGAUAUCGGCCAGCUAAUAGACUACGACGAGUAUCUGCACUUCCUCAACACUCAAUGCGCCCAGUUCAAACACGUCUACCUGGUACUUGGAAAUCAUGAAUUCUACGGCCUCUCACGACAAGAAGGGCUCAAGCUGGCUGCACGUCUUGAACAAGAGACACAACCCCACGGCAAACUAAGCAUACUCAACCGUCACCGCGCCGAACUGCCUGGCUUUCCCAACAUCGUACUAUUAGGCUGUACACUACACUCCAGAAUACCAUCUGAGUCCGUCGAUGCAGUGUUGAGCCGCGUCAGGGACUUCCAGCGUAUACUCGACUGGUCUAUAGCGGAUCACAACGCAGAGCACACGCAAGAUACGGAAUGGCUAGCGUACCAAAUCAGGACUAUCAAAGCUGAGACGGAGAAUGCUACUAUCAUCGUCAUCACGCAUCAUGCCCCUUGUGUUCAGGAGAGUAGCAGGCCCGAGCAAGUGGACAAUCCAUGGACAUGCGCAUUUGCAACGGAGUUGCUUGAUGGUACUACCGUAUUUUCUCAGGUCCAGCACUGGAUAUUUGGGCAUACGCAUUACACUACCAGCUUCAUCAAGGAGGGAGUCAGACUUGUAAGCAACCAGCGAGGAUAUCAUGCUCGUGACACUGUAGAAAAGGGGGCUUCCAUCUCUUCCCAUGAGUUCGAUAUCAACAAGACCAUACCACUAGAUUAG